AUGAAACUUCAGUCUCUCCUCCUCGUCUCAUUGGCCUCAGUCGCCUUGGCCGCACCCUCCUGGUGGGAGCAGUGGACCCUCAACAAGCACACCACCACCUCAGACUCCGUUAUCAGCCAUAACGACGAUAUGCGUCUUGUCCAGACCGCCGCCGACAAGGCCCCCUACUGGACCACUGAGAAGGAGCGUCUCCACAUGUUCCGCAACAGCAUCAAGUACAUGGAUAUCACCGACCACCAGGACCUUGGCGCCAGCCGUGUCUCUGCCCUUGGCAAGCGUCCCCUCCCUACUGCCGCUGUUCACCAGAAGAAGGUUGCUCGCUAUGUUGAUAGCCUCUCGACCGCCAACAUGGAGGUUGCCUUGACCGAGUUCACCAGCUUCUACAACCGUUACUACAAGAGCGAGACCGGCAAGCAGUCCGCCCAAUGGCUUUACAAGCAGGUUAGCGACUUGAUCGAGGAGUCCGACGCCGACUCUGACGUCAGCAUCCGUAAAUUCCAUCACAACUGGGACCAGUUCUCCAUCAUCGCUCGCUUUGAGGGCAAGGAUGAGUCGUUGUCGAACCAGCCCGUCAUUGUUGGUGCCCACCAGGACUCUAUCAACAUGUGGCUCCCCAUACUCCGUGCUCCCGGUGCCGAUGACGAUGGUUCGGGCACCGUUACCAUCUUGGAGGUCUUCCGCUCCCUUGUUGGCACUGGAUUCCGCCCUCAGCGCCCCGUCGAGUUCCACUGGUACUCUGCCGAAGAGGCCGGUCUCUUGGGAUCCCAGGAUGUUGCCAAGGAGUACGAGCAGAAGCGUGUUGAUGUCAUUGCCAUGAUUCAGAACGAUAUGACUGGAUACGUUGGCACCAAGUUUGCCGAGUCAUACGGCAUUGUCGUCGAUUUUGUCGACCCCGAAUUGACCGAAUUGGUCCGCGUCUAUGCCCGCGAGUACGGUGAUAUUCCCGUUCGCGAGACCAAGUGUGGAUAUGCCUGCUCUGAUCACGCUUCGUGGGCCAAGGCUGGAUACCGCUCUGCAUUCGCCAUCGAGGGUGACUUCAGUGACAGCAGCCCUUACAUCCACUCGACAAACGAUGAUAUUUCGCACAUCAACUUUGACCACAUGAAGCAGUUCGCCAAGCUUGCCCUUGGCUUUGCUGUCGAACUCGGUCACUACAAGGGUCAGGAGAAGAACUAA